ACCAUGUUUACACAAUUGGCACACAACUAAACAAGCAGAAGGAACAAAGGUCAAAUCGACAACGUAAUAUUGGGAUAGUACAAAUCUACAGAAAAUGUUGUGACCACGCCUACCUAACCCAUCAAACUUGCCAAGUUUUAAGUCUAACUUCAAAGUGACCAUAUCAUUCAUGUCCAACAUGGCGUUACCGGUCAGAAACUCUCGUCUCGUUCUUGUGCUUACCACUAUCUUACUGCAGUUCAUAAGCUCAAACGUUCACGCCUAUCCAGACGGGGCGCCAAAGGAGGCCUGCGCCGAUGCUGCCCCGCAACACCACACGACGGAUGGGGAAAUCAUCGAGCCGCACGAAGGACCUAGCCCCUAUUCAUUCACUGUAGAUUCAAAGGAAUAUAAAAUCGGUCACAAAAUUACAGUUACUAUCGAAGGGAGUCAAGCAUAUGGCGGGUUCCUGAUCCAGGCCCGAUCCGUUGGAGGCCAGGAGCCCGUUGGGCACUUCUCGUCCCUACCGGAUAACGCUCAGCUUCGUGGAUGCAUGACAGAGGAUGAUGGUGUCACCCACACAAGCCCAGACGACAAACUACCGGGCAUCAUGUUUAUGUGGCACACCAAGAAGGAUGUAGGCACAAUCGAGUUCUUCGGUACUGUGGCGCAAGAUCAUGAUGUCUUCUGGACUGAAAUCAAGUCAAGCGAGAUUCAACAUAAAACAGAGUCUAAAAUUCGUCAUCUCAAGUUUGACGCCACGGAAGAUGAAUUCCACCAUCUGGAGGACAAGGCGACGUCGGCAUGGAAAACUCUGCUAAGAAAUAGAACCAUGGCUUUAGAAGACCUCUAUCGAAAACAUCGGCAGCUACAUAAUUAGAAUGACUAGGACGAUUGUAUUAUAUUAUCACAGGCGAAUAUGCAAAAAUAUAUAUAAAAAGGGGGCAAAGAAAAAGGAUAAUGUUGUAGCGCAAACGUUAUGCGUCAUAAGUAUUUAAAAAUUAUAUUUACGUUGGCUAUCCAACACUACUCGUACGUUUCACCAUUUCCAUUAUCAAGCAAGUAGUGUAAUAUGUAGCAUGAGAGAGAAAAUGGCUUACGGGUAUUGUGAAGAAGAAAAAGAUCCAUUUUAAAUUCAUGGUAAAUUAUGGAAAGCCUUUGCAUGCCUUUGAAUUAAAAGCAAAAUCUACGCUUUUAAUAAAAAGAUGGUUUUCGAUAGCUUCCAUACGAACGAUUACUCCUCUGCAUUGUUGCUGAUCCAUAAGAGCUUCCCGAAAUACGUAUAUGGAAUAACUUCAGAUUUAAUUCAAAGACAGGAUAUACUAGUCCGUGGUUCCGGAAAACAAGAAUAACGUUUUCCUCAAUGGGAGCGUCUCGAUCUUGGAAAAUACGUGAAAAGGUUUUUUAUUUGCUUUCGAUUGGGAUGAAAGGGGAUGAUUUUGCUUUUCUUGUUCCUUCCACCCCCGUCAAGAAGAAUGAUAUAUUUUAACAUCACUGGACAGCAUUCCAACAGGCCUAAAAGUGUAAAAGUGUCUAUAAUCAAAACUUUGAACAUUUUAUUGUAUGUAAUGAUUGAAAGGACGCUAUUUUAUUUUGUAUAACUACUUAAGUGUUUUUUUUUAAAUUAUAUUGCAGAGAUAACUUUAUCGUACAAUUCAACUCAAGGAAGAGAUGCAUCAAUUUUUUUUUAUUUUAUCAAUCGAAACGAUCGUCAUCUGUUUUAUGACUGGUUAUGAUGAAGGCAUGUUAACUUAUUUGCAGUUUUUAAUCUUGAUUAAAGACUCAUAAGAUUUGUAAUAAACUUAUAAUAGAUACAAAAGCAAA